CUUACAUACCCAUAACCUUUGAGGCUCUAAUUAAUGUUGGUUUAUGUCAGUUUAAUCUGGUGACACUUGGAAUUGUUUGUUGUUUAAGUAAACACUUAACAUGAUUCUAAUUACGACUAAAUUUUGUUUUACAAUUUGAUGCGUAAAUAAGCCUAUUUUUUACAACCCCCAUACUAAUAUGGAUUGUUGAUGAUGUAAUGUCAAAAACACAUUCCAUGUUUUUUAUUGUGUAAAUGAUUUAAAAAUGGACAACUUAAGCUUCAAAUAUCCAUUUAUAAACAGGGCCUCAAUUAGUAAAUGCAAAUUAAUGUGUCACAACAGAAAUAGAAAGGAGAAUUUGAUAGUUCAUUGUUGACAUAAUUUUGUUACUUCUUUAUUAUUUUUUUAAGAUGGUUUUAAUAUGGAGACUUAGAGUCGUUUUACAACUAUUAUGUUUUUCCCUACUUUUAAUCGCAAUAGUUUUUCUUGCCAAUGGAGAAUUUCGAGGAAAGGAAAUUUCACAAAAACCUGUUAUUAAAGAAAUAAAAGCCCCUGUUGAUGGUUCUGAACCAAAAAAUGAUGACAUUUCAAAAGCCUAUUUGAGGUGGAAAAUUGAUAAAAAAGAGCUUAUAGAUGCUAAGAGUAGAAUCUAUCUUUUAGAACAAAAAGUUAAAAGUCUGGAAGCAAAACUUCCUAAGCCUUAUCCUCAUGUCAAAUUCCUGAGUUAUCGUGCUAAGAAGCGAAUUUUGGUGACUGGUGGUGCUGGUUUUGUUGGAUCACAUUUAGUUGAUAGAUUAAUAAUGCAAGGACAUGAAGUAAUAGUUGUGGAUAAUUUUUUCACUGGCAGUAAGAGAAAUGUAGACCAUUGGGUUGGACAUGAAAAUUUUGAAAUAAUUCACCAAGACAUCGUAAACCCCCUUUAUAUCGAGGUUGAUGAAAUAUAUCAUCUUGCUUCACCUGCUUCUCCACCGCACUAUAUGUAUAAUCCUGUCAAAACAAUUAAGACCAAUACCAUUGGAACCAUUAAUAUGCUUGCUUUGGCUAAACGAGUUGGAGCUAAAAUACUUAUUGCUAGUACUUCAGAAGUAUAUGGAGAUCCUGAAAUUCAUCCACAGCCUGAGUCUUAUUGGGGUCAUGUAAAUCCAAUAGGGCCACGUUCCUGUUAUGAUGAAGGUAAGAGAGUCUCUGAAUCAUUAGCUUUUGCAUAUGCCAAACACUAUCAUGUAGCAGUAAGGAUAGCUCGUAUUUUCAAUACAUAUGGUCCAAGAAUGCAUAUGGAUGAUGGAAGAGUGGUCUCUAACUUCAUUUUACAAGCUCUUAGAAAUAAGACAAUAACGGUUUAUGGACAUGGAAAUCAAACACGAUCUUUCCAAUAUGUUACUGAUCUGAUUGAUGGGUUGGUGGCUUUAAUGGCUUCUAAUUAUACCCAUCCAGUGAACUUGGGUAAUCCGGUUGAAUACUCCAUAAUGGAAUUUGCAGUUUAUAUAAAAAAACUAGUAGGAAGAAACAACCCUAUUGGAAGCACAGAAGCAGUAGAAGAUGAUCCACAGAGAAGAAAGCCAGACAUAACAAUAGCCAGAAAAACAUUGAAGUGGGAACCAAAGGUGCCCCUUGAAGAAGGAUUGAUGAAGACGAUUGAUUAUUUCAGAGAAGAACUAGCAAGAUCCUUGAACGAAGGUUACACCUGAGCUUUCCAUAAUUGGUUUUUAGUGUUAAAUACACUACAUUUUUGAAUAAUGCUGAGGUCAGGUACAUAAAAACUAAUUUGUUGAAGAGCUAUCCUUGAAGUCUGACUCAUUACUUGCAUUAUUCUCUGAAAAUAUAAAUUUUACAAGUGCACAUCUAGAAACUGAUCUCAACAUUUUGAACUAUUUUUAAACGAAGGCUGUAGCUUAGUCAAUGUUAUUGGGUGAUUUAUUUUAUAUGGUGGUGUAAUGGAACAUUUUUAUCUGAAUAUAAGGAAUUAAAAACCUAUAUAAUUGACCAAGAAGAUAAAUUGUUCUUUUAGUGUUGGUAAAUAUUUGGGUGAAUUUAAAAACUGUAAAUAAAAUAGUAAUUUUAUUAGGAAUAUUUAAUUAUGCCAUGUAAAUAAAUGUAUAGUUCAUAAAUUAA